GCGUCCCCGGAGCGGCGCGGACCAUGCUGCUGGACGCCGGCCCGCAGUUCCCGGCCCUCGGAGUGGGCACCUUCGCCCGGCACCACCACUCGGCCGCGGCGGAGAUGCAGGACCGUGAGCUGAGCCUGGCGGCGCAGAACAGCUUCGUGGACUCGGCGGCGGCGCACAUGGGCGCCUUCAAGCUCAACGCCGGCGCCCACGACCUCUCCCCCGGGCAGAGCUCGGCGUUCACCUCGCAAGCGCCUGGUUACCCUGCCGCCGCCCUGGGCCCCCACGCCGCCCAUGUCGGCUCCUACUCCGGGGCGCCCUUCAACUCCACCCGGGACUUCUUGUUUCGCAGCCGGGGCUUCGGGGACUCGUCGCCGGCCGGCGGACAGCACGGCAUCUUCGGCCCUGCGGCCGGCAGCCUGCACCACCCGCACACGGACGCUCAGAGCCACCUCCUCUUCCCGGGCAUCCACGACCAGCACGGCCCCCACGCCUCCCAAAAUGUUCUCAACGGGCAGAUGCGGCUGGGCUUGCCGGGGGAGGUAUUCGCCCGGUCGGAUCAGUACCGCCAGGUUUCCAGCCCCAGGACUGACCCUUACUCGGCGGCUCAGCUGCACAACCAGUACGGCCCCAUGAAUAUGAAUAUGGGCAUGAACAUGGCAGCCCACCACCACCACCACCCAGGUGCCUUUUUCCGCUACAUGCGGCAGCAGUGCAUCAAGCAAGAGCUCAUCUGCAAGUGGAUCGAUCCCGAACAGCUGAACAACCCCAAAAAAAGUUGCAAUAAAACUUUCAGCACCAUGCACGAGUUGGUCACCCAUGUCUCGGUGGAGCACGUUGGGGGACCCGAGCAGAGCAACCAUGUCUGCUACUGGGAGGAGUGUCCCCGAGAAGGCAAACCCUUCAAAGCGAAAUACAAACUGGUCAAUCAUAUCCGAGUGCACACGGGAGAGAAACCCUUCCCCUGCCCCUUCCCUGGCUGCGGAAAAGUUUUCGCCAGAUCAGAAAAUCUCAAAAUUCACAAAAGGACGCAUACAGGGGAGAAGCCCUUCCAGUGCGAGUUCGAAGGCUGCGACCGGCGCUUCGCCAACAGCAGCGACCGCAAGAAGCACAUGCACGUCCACACCUCGGAUAAGCCCUACCUGUGCAAGAUGUGCGACAAGUCCUACACGCACCCCAGCUCCCUGCGGAAGCACAUGAAGGUACCCGACAUCCGUGGGAAAGGGGAGCGGAUCCAGAGCUUCCUCGGCGGCCGUGCUCCUCCCAGAGCGGCCAUCCCCGCGCACACGGCAGCUCCCCGGCUGAAAAACCGUAAGGGGGUCCCGCUUCAGAGCCAGCCCCUGCCAGCCACCGUCUGCCCAAAUCCCCUCCCGGGCCCAGGGGCGCACGAGCAGCCCUGCCCAAGGGCCACCAACCCCGCUCCGCCGUCCGCCGCCCCGAUGGGCUCGGCUGCGGCCGGAGAGAAGCGCUCGGGAACUGGGCUCCCCUUCUCCCUCCCCUCGGAGCCGUUCUGGCUUCGGGGGAACCCAGGGAUGAUCCUUGAGGGGGGCAAGCGUCCUCCCUCUCCCUCCCCUCGGAUCCGUUCUGGCUUCGGGGGAACCCAGGGAUGA